AUGUCAAAGAGUAAAACCAAAACAUUCAUCGUUGCUCACGAUAUUUACACUGGAGAAAAGCAUCAUAUUGUAGUAGCAACAGCAAGCGAUGUGGAUGUUCCAGUUAUUACAGAGAAGAAUUAUGUGUUUGUAAAUUUGGAUAGGAAUGAUGGCUCUCUCACCGUAUUGAAUGAUCUCGGGGAGGAAAUUGGUUUUCAAAUCAAGAAUGCUCGAGUGCUGGCUGAGUUUAUCAAUACUCUUGAUGAAUACGAAAAAAGUGGACAAGAUCUUUCGUUAAUAGUAACAACGGUUUGUUCGAUGGGUUUGGAGGAACCAUCAAGACUACAAGCAGAAGAAGAGGAACACGAAGCAAAACAAUCAUUAGACGAAGAAGGUGGCCAACAAUAA